CAAAGCCGUCCAGCCAGCAGGGAAAGAGCAAGUGGGAGAAACGAACGUGAAGCGCAGCAAUGUGGAGGGAAACCCCACAGAAAAAGGUUUCUGGGCCCUUUUGAGAUCUGAAAAGCUUCGUUCUUUGCUGCCUCUUCGCCUUCAUGAGCUGGGCAUGGAGUUUGCAGGAGACCACCCCAGCAGCUUAAAACAAGCAAGGAAUGGACAGAGUUGAGACUGAUUCAGCCGAGGAAGCGAGGACGGUUGUGGAGAGAAAGGAGACUCAAACUGCCAAAGCACCGCAUCCAGGCUACGGUUCCACGUUUUUUCCUCCCCAAACCAGCCACCAGGGUUGACCAUUUGGAUCUUGCUCGCCAUGUCAUCUCACCCCUUCUGGGACCUGUGGGUUUUGCUAGGCUGUGGUGUCUCCCUUCUGGUCCAAGGGCAACAUCCCCAGGGCAACCAUGAAAAUGGCGGACACUGGAGGCAGAUGAUUCAGUGGGAGAACAACGGCAGGCUCUACAGCCUCCUCAACACGGGCUCCGAGUACGUGCCCGCAAGCCAUGCGAGGGCAGACAGCAGUGCAAGGGUCAUGCUGGCCGACGCUGCCACCAACCAAGGCAGGAGGGCUCCGGGGAACACCAGGCGGCAGGCCCCCACCUUGCCGGUCAGGGCCAGCUCCGACACCAUCCGGGGACACACACGGCACCCAUUUGGCUUUGGGCAGGUGCCAGACAACUGGCGGGACGGGCCCACUGGAGACAGUAGCGCCAACUCCCAACGGCCCCGGUCACCCAAUCGGCAGCGGCAGGUCGGCUCGGCAGCCUCUUCUUCCUCCUUCUCGCAUUCCUCGUUUGGACAACUCUACCCACAGGGCUCUUACCCCCAGCCACCUUUUGCCAACCAGUACGAGACCUAUGACCCGCAGGUGCCCCGCGCUUAUGACGAGAGUUACACCUACUACCGCACGACGGGGAUGGGGGGCGGUGCUGUGGCAGCGGCGGCAGCUAGCGCAGGCGUGGUGUACCCUUUCCAGCCCCGGGUGAGAUACGAGGAGCAUAGUGAGGACCAGAAUCCCUAUCGAGCACAAGGGUACUACCCCGCCCAGGAGAGGACCUACGUGCCUGCCUCCCAACAGCUUCAGCCCUCAGAUGGCCUCGACAGAAGGUAUUCCCACAGCCUCUACCAUGACACUGGAACUAGCUAUGACCAAAGCGUCCAGGACCCUUAUGCAUCAGCCCAGAACCAACAGUCUUUGGGACAUGGAGUUCCCGUGGCGGACAAUUUGCAUAUCAACUCUGGAGCUCCAGUGAGUGCCGGGACCAGGUAUGGGAAUGAGCCAUGGGCGGGGCAAUAUCCCUCCUUUGGGGACGUGCCAGCGGAGCCCUACGUUCCUCCCCGCAGCGUGGAGCCUCAGCCACCUUUCCGGCCCUUAGACCCCCAUGGGGUCCCUAGGCCCGAACCUUACCUUCCCAUCCGGAAUGCUGAGACUCCUCAACUGAUUCCAGACAGCCAAGGAACUCAUCAAGCCCGGGUCAGCGUGGGCAGCAUCUACAGACCCAAUCAGAAUGGACGGGGGCUCCCAGAUCUCGUGCCUGAUCCAAACUAUGUCCAAGCGUCCACCUAUGUCCAAAGAGCUCACCUCUACUCCCUCCGCUGUGCUGCCGAGGAAAAAUGUCUUGCAAGUACUGCCUACACCCCUGAAGCAACAGACUAUGAUGUCCGGGUGCUGCUGCGCUUCCCCCAGCGAGUGAAGAAUCAGGGGACCGCAGAUUUCCUGCCCAACCGGGCCCGCCAUGCCUGGGAGUGGCACAGCUGCCAUCAGCAUUACCACAGCAUGGAUGAGUUCAGCCACUACGACCUGCUAGACGCUGCCACGGGCAAAAAAGUGGCAGAGGGCCACAAGGCAAGCUUCUGCCUGGAAGACACCACCUGUGACUUUGGGCACCUGAAGCGCUAUGCCUGCACCUCACACACCCAGGGUUUGAGCCCGGGUUGCUAUGACACUUACAAUGCUGACAUUGAUUGCCAGUGGAUUGAUAUCACCGACGUGCAGCCUGGGAAUUAUAUCUUAAAGGUCCAGGUGAAUCCCAAAUAUAUCGUGAUGGAGUCCGAUUUUACCAACAAUGUGGUGAGAUGCAGUGUUCACUACACUGGGCGCUAUGUUGCCACAACAAACUGCAAAAUUUCCCAAUCUUGAUCUCAACCAGGAUGGCAGAAAGACAAUCGAAUACAAAUCAAAUACGGAAUCGGCCUUCCCCUAGCCCCAUCCCGACCCCGCAAAUCCAGACUCUCUCUCAGGCUGGAGGAACGUGAAGAGGAUGGGUGACUUUACAGCAAAUGGCACCUACAUGAGAUGGAAAGCAGUGCUUCAUUUUGAGAACACAUGUUAAACAAGAGUUGUCACUUUAAUACUUUUAUAAAUACUUUGGUCUUUAA